CCCUCCCUCCCUCCCUCCUUCCUUCCAUAGGAAAUAAAAACGAGAAGUACCCCAGAUUUCUAAAUCAUAGUGCUUUUGUUUUUUGUUCAGUUAACGACUAGAGAUGUGACUGCAUUGCUGCACCUAGACAAGAUAUGCAUACUCUGAACGUUGAAAGUUAAACCAAAUAAAAUCUUCCGUACCCAUGUAGAAUUCCUGUUCUGCACAACUGUUUAUCAUUAGAGGUACCAGUUCCGCCAAGCAGUUCUUCCUUCUUCAUCACAGUGCUUUGGCAGAAGGGUUGGACUCGAUGGUCUCCAGAGGUCCCUUCCAACCCUAAUGAUUCUGUGAUUGUGUGAGGAGGGGCACCUCGACAUGUUGGCCAAGGGGGGGGCUGCCAGGAGAGGGGCACGGGGCCUCCAUGGCAACUGCCAGGACUUUGUGAUGCGCGGGGCAACCACACCCAAAGGCCACUGUGACACGGGGGUGUUCCGGUGCCUUCAGGAGCCAGAGUCCCCGUGCUGCUCACUUUCAGGAGAGCAGCUCCGUGAGGAGGUAGCGGCUCCCCUGGGUACCUGCAGCUUUGUCUCCGUGAGAAGAUACAGAGAUGCCCAAGGAGCAGGAGAAGGCCCGCUCCCAGCCCAACAAAGGGCUGCUGAGCGUGCAGGAACAGCGCCAGGUGCGGGAUGUGGUGGGAGGGAGAAGGAUGCCACGGCACCCGAAGCACAGAGGCAUCCUUCAGGGCACGUCAGAGGCUGGGGUGCCAUGGCGGGUCCAGAGCGCCUCUGGCCAGGGCACCGCUCCUCGUGCCCCGGGGCAUUUCCUGGGGAUGCGCCAACUCCCAGGCCAGCCCAGGCCCACGCGGCGGGCCCAGCAGCUCUGCGCCCAGAGGCAGAGAGCAGUAGGACUGAGCUCAGCCGGGCCGUCCGUGUGCAGGAGCAGCCUCCUAAUGGGGGCUUUGCCAGGGACACUGGUGGUAACGCAGCCACUUUCAUCCCAUGCCUCCUUCUCCCUACACAGGUAGGCCGCAGGCCGCAGCAAGCUGUGCAGCCAGGCAGCCGGAGCCGGGAUGUGUCCCUCCGUGAAAUCCAUCUGCCACCACUAGCCCACCUGGAGAGCGCGCAAGCCUCUGGGAGCCGCCGUGCACAGGCGGACAGACCAGAGCUCAGGCAGGCAGUGCCCCGCAGCAGUGGCUCUGGAGUAGGGAGGCAGCCUCUGCCAGCCUUGCCGCCUCUCCGGCGGCAGGCAAUGCCACUGACAGCUGCACCCCAGAAUGCACCCACAUUGUCCACACUGCCAGCAGCAGCCCCCAGGAAUUCUCCAACAGGCAGAGCAGGUGCUGUGGGAGCUACCAGUGGCGGGCUGCCUGUCCUAUCUCUACGGGGCAACCCUCAGCACCACGAUACAGCAGCGAGGGAUGAGGGCUCGCAGACAGAUCUGUGUCUCCCUCAACUGCCUGUGGAGCCUGCAAGGAAAACGCCCAAGUCCCUCAGGUUGGCGUACCGCAGGCGUCCGAUAGCCACAAGACCAGGACGUUGGCAGAAACCAGCAUGGCCUACGCAACGUGCACCCACCAGCACUGUGAGAACACCGGCACAAACAACCCAGGUGCCGGCCCCCAAGGCUGGGAAGCGCCCCAAGGAAGAGACUCGACCUGCUCCCGGUGCUGAGGAGGGCACCAGAGAUGCUGAUAGGGUCUCUUCGUCAUGUUCCCUGGCAGCAGAGCAGACAGCAGACGAUGGCGCCAAAGCUGCUGGCGCUUCUCAGGCCGUGCUGGGUGCCAAGGUUGCUGAGGAAAGGCCGCGGUCCGUCAAGAGAAGGGGCAUUUUCCUGCCCUGCUGUCUUUGCACUUCUAUCUGCAGUGAUGUACUGAUGGAUGAGCAGGAAGAGGGGAAAGGCACCGCUGAGAGAGACGCUGUGGCAGUGGCAGCCAAAGACCCUGUGAGCACAUCAUUUGGUGAGGCACAGGCCCGACCUCCAGCAUCUCCAGUGCCUGGGAAGCUUCAGCACGGGGUGAGCAAGAUGCGAGUGGUUGUCAGCAGGCAUGAAGUGGAGGCAGGGUCAGGAGUGUGCACACUGCGGGGAAGUCUGGAAGGUUGAGCCCUGCCACGGUCAGAUGGCUGCCGGAGUGUGUCAGGGACUGUUGCAGGGGACAGCUGGGGCAUGAGGGUGCCUCACGGCGGGCAGCUCUCUG